GUGAGUGUGGAGUCUGCUGAGGGCGGUGUGUUUACAGUUGGCGUCAGUGAGGUCCGGGUGGUGCACACAUGAAUGACACGGAGGAGCCUGAUUGGUGUGACUGUUCUCUUUCGCUUCCGCUGUUAACGUCUCUAAUUACGUGCUAGCUCGUUAGCCGCAUUAGCCUACCCUGUGAAAUCCCAUCAGGAAUGUAAGAUUUCAGACACAUCGCAGGUUACCCCAGCUGAUAAUCAGGGUUGGUUGACUGUGUUACCGUGAAAGGCAAUGGAGAAGAUGCAGAACUGACAUUGGGGACAUGCACUUAGUAAAUGGGAUGUCUGAUCAGUUAUAUUGACUCUUUUAUAUUGGAAAUCUAUAGCACUAACAUCUCAGCAUUGUGCACUGAUGGAAGAAGAACAGCCAAAGAGCCCAGCCCACGAAAGAGAUGAGCAUGCUAAUAAACAGGGUGAACCAUGGCCAGAAACGGACACACAGGUUUCUUCUACAGACACCAAAACAGAAGCUGUGGAAGUGAAGUCUGAGGAAACUAAAGAGCCCAUGGACUGGUUUGAACCAUUAGAGGACGACGAUGACGACGAGGAUGCCAAUAGCUUUGAGUUUCCAACCGAGCAGCAUGCCUUCGGUCUUCAAGAUCCAGAAGAGGAAAGCCUAGCAGGGGAAAGUGAAAGAAGUGGCAGUGUGGCAGGCAGUGAGAAGGGAAGGAGAAUAUACAAACGAGCGCGACGUAAACGAAACUAUGAUGAGGGAUGGAUAGAAUGUCCAUCGUUGGGAGAAGGAUGGAAGCGCAAAGAAAGUAUUCGUCAGAGUGGUACAAGAUCUGGACAAAGUGAUGUUUACUACAUGAGCCCACAAGGCGAAAGAGCCCGUAGUCGUAUAGAACUGUCUAUUAUGAUGAAUCGCGACUUAAGCAGUUUUGAAUUCAAAACGGGAGUUUUCCGUAAAAAUGGUCAGCAACGUUUAACAUUACAAAGACGGAAGAGAAAGCCUCGUGAACAUUCCUCAUCAGAUUCCAGUUUUGUUGAGAGAGGAGAGGGAGCAGACACACCUGACUCUCUCCAUAGACUUACUCCCACUGUGAGUUCCAUACCAGUAACUUUCUAUCAAGCAACAUUUGCCACAAACAACGCAACAAAACCUCAAAUCAAGCAAGAAUUCACAACCUCUUGUCCAAAAGAUGAGACAAUGAAACCUCCUGAUGGAAAAAUUAAGCUUCCAGGCCCCACAUCAUCCAAACCCCUGUCUUUUCCGUCCAUCAAUGGAGAAUUUGGACCUGACGAUAGCAUUCUAGUCUGUUCCAGAUGUGGUCUUACAUUUACUGGAACAUGGUAUGAUAAACAGAGGAAAAGGCCUCUUUGUCCUUCAUGCUGGGCACUAAAGACAAAAGAGCAUCCGCUGAUUCGUUUUCGAAAGUGGAUUCCAUGUGGACAAUGUGCAGGAUGCCACAACAAAGUGGACUGUGGUCAGUGUAGUAACUGUAAAGAGCGCUCACCUGAAUCUCGUAAACGAACAUGUCGUAAACGUAAAUGUUUAUGUCCUAUUCGUAAGGGUCCGGGAGGCUUUGUAAUGCCAAAGCCAAAAACUGAGCCGCCAGAUAGCACUCAGGACAUUCCCUAUUACCAGCAUCUAAAUGUUAAAAGUAGUGAUACAGAGAACUUAACCAAUCUGGAUUUGGAUGAAGACGAUGACGAGUCGACAGAUGACGAUGACGAUCGCAAGCGGCGGAAGCGACGUUCCUGUGGAGAAUGCCCAGCAUGUCUCUACAGCACAGACUGUGGCACAUGUGAUUUCUGUAUAGACAAGCCCAAGUUUGGUGGGAGCAACAAAAAAAGACAAAAGUGUCGACUACGACAGUGUCAAAGGCAGGCAAUGAGACAUCUCUUACCCUCUCAGCUGGGGCCUGAGGCUGAUGGUAUAUCAAUCGUUGGCAGAGCAAAACCCCAAUAUACAUAUAGUCGAAAAAGGAAAAGAGCGCCACCAAGUGAAGAUGAAGAUGAUGACAGAAAUCAACAGGCAAUCUGGAGCAGUGAAAACGCCAGUGGCAGCAAGAUCUCAUAUAAACAAAACUUCCGAAAACACCCAUCACCUAUUCAGUUAAAUAACUCAGUGUAUGAAGAGCAGAACGGAGUGUUUCCCCAUAUUUAUGAUAGUGUAAGUCUGAUGGAAAGCAGAUCGCAAUUCACUAGUAAUUUUCAAAAGCAUGUAGAAGUUAAUGAGGACGACUAUCCUACUAUUACACAAAUAUACAGUUUGACAGAUGAAACAGAACAGAGUGAUCUGAAUCAGGAGCAGGACCUAAUGAAACUGUUGAACUCUUUGCGUUCGUCUGCUCUGCCGAUCUUGUGGUAUGCCAUCAUGGCGGAGGGGCCUCAGAUGCAGCUUGUGCAGUGUUCAAAGCAGUCCGUCAUGGCAGACACCAUAGUGCAAAUUGACACAGACUUUAACUAUAAGAUCUCAGUGCAGAGACACCCGCUGCUGCCCACACACCCGCUGUAUGAUGCCCACCCCUCACGUCUGAACUCUGUCACACAUGUGGUGAAUUUGCUGUUGGACAUGGACAAAUACAUCGUAUGCCAUGGAGUACCACCAAUCGAAGAGGUACUCAGCAGAACCCCAGUAAUACUUGAGCGAGCGCCUACGUGUGAGUUCUUGAUUAAAAAGAAUGAGACAAUUUGUAGGAACUGCCGAGAGCUUUGUGAAUGAAAGUCAAGAUGACUGAGACUUUGAUGAUUGAUGACUUUGUACCAUUUUCUUUUUUAAAGAAUUUUGUGAUACUAGAAUUUGACAGCAUUCCCAGAGCUGUGACAAUAAAAUUCAAGCAUAUAUAUUUUGUCAGAUCUCAUUAUAUUGGUGACCUGUGAUGUUGGAAGGCUGCUUUUUAUUUUGGACACAACCUACUGUGGGUUUAUCAACGCUUUUACUUGAGGAUUCAGUCAUCAUUUCUAAGUUCAACAUGAUUCUUUUCCUGAAUUCGUCUAAUUCCUUAGUUUUACUACUUUCUGUCAAAAUAACAUUUGUUAAAAAAUGUCGCACUUUGGCAACACAAUUUUCCCCCUUUAUUAAGAUGUUUAUAACAAUCAAAUAAUAUCCUUUUUACGGCAAUGCGCUUCUUUUUUGAAGAGGAUGUUUCAUUAAUUAAUAGAGCCAUAGCAGGAGAUUAUGGUUUUAUGUCCUCUUACGCCAGAAGUAAAAAUAAUACUUCUCUCUAAUAUUUCCACGAUAAUAACGAAGUAUUACAGCCUGAAAUGCUGUCAAGCUCAGUCAGUGUGUUUUAAAUUGCAUUGUUUUUUUUUGGUGGCUGUUGUAUUUCAUUGUAAAUAUGACUGAAGCUGAAAUGAAACAAGCACGAGACGUAACUGGGUAAAUACUUUAAAUUAUGCUUCCAUUGUUCUCCACUAUAUACGCGCAUCCGGGGAUUUAUUUAUGAUCUUGUCCUCAAGUAAAUGUGUAGACCCAGACUCAUGGGAUCAAAAUAACAUGUUUUAUAGUAUUUGAAAUGAAAAAUUAUAUUGUUUGACAAAUAUUGUAUUUCUCAAAGCAUUGUUUUCAUAAAAUGUUUUGGACUUUUUUUUAACUC